AUGCUCGCCUACACGCUCGUCUCCGCCCUCGCCAACCCGGCCCAAGCCCCAGCCAUCACCGCGGCACCCAUCUUCAACCGCCGCCAGAGCGAGAGCGCUCUCAAGUUGGAAUGCCACGCUCAGCUUGCCUCCAUACAGGCGCGAAAGCCAGAGCCCAGCGAUAAACUUGAGGACUGGAUGGCUACCGCGAACGAAGCCAAAAACGGCAACAGCUUGGGCGACGUGCUCAACAUCUGCUACACCAUUUAUGGCAAAGAGAUGCCGGAUCCCCCUUCGUCCCUUCAGUCCGAGUGGUCCACCUAUCGUUCGGCCCAGGCCAGUUACGCCAGUUCCAUCGGGCCUGCUGUAUCCAGCCUCAAGGCCAAAUGCUCCAAAGACAUGGCUUUUGACUUCUUGUUCGUUGCUAUGAGCGACAUGGACUCGUGCCACACGGCAUUUGCUGCCAUGUCGCUCCCCGAUUCCGAGCUCCUCACCACCUCCCCAAGCCCAUCUCGCACCGUCAUUGUCGCGCCCACCACCACCAUCGGCCCAAGCGAGGAGGCAGGUGCCGGCGGGAAGGAUACCGAGUCGAAGGAGGGAAGCGCCCAGUCUACCGACACGUCUACUGCUGCUGGUGCCAGAGAGACAGGAUACGUCGCUGUCGCUGUCGCUGCCGCUGCCGCUGCCGCGGUUGCCGCUAUUGCCGGUGGCAUGGUUGUGGUAUAA